AUGCCUUGUAAAAGUGAUCGCAAGUGGGCAUUUUUGUUGCGGAAUGUUAAUGGCCCCAAACCUCUGGAAACGCUGGCAGGUUGCCAUGAGGCAGGUGGCUUGGAGAACGCGGUCAGCCCAGCGGUUAGCUCGUCUGGGGUCGUCAUCCCUCCCAAGAACCUGACAUUCCAAACGAAAAACAAGGUACUUAUGAGCCGCCCACAGCGAACCCGGAAGGCGGUGAACUAUGCAGAGGUCAUAUCGCUGGAUGGCGACGAGAGGGAACAUCCUCAUCCAUCACGACGAAAACAAGACUCGACAUCGACCAAUGCUACAAAGAAGCAAAAAACUUCUGCUAUCCCUGAAGAGCGCUCCAGUUCAUCAGAACAAUGUCGGACAGAAAAUAAACGCCUUAGUGUAAAGGAGCGUAAGGAACAAGCAGACCUUCAAAAGGCUAUUCAGCUGUCCAUGAAAGACGAACGUUGCGGCAGUGAUAAUGUGCAAGUUGUACUGCCUACAUCUCGUUCACAACCGCGACGGCAAUCACCGAAACCAUUAUCUGAUCACGCCAACAAGUUGAUGACCGCGGGGUCUCAACGGGAGGAACAUCAUAGUGUUAAGCAAAUUGAAUCGACUAUCAAUGGGGAAGACAGUACCUUGCGCCAGAACAUGUUUGGAUCAGAUGAUUAUGCCGAAGCCGAUCUUCAAAACCAUGGAACUGAUGAAGACGGGGCUGAGCCUCCCAGUCUCACUGGCACGCGAGAUAGCAAGUCUGCAUCCAAAAGAAAAUCAUCUUCAAAUAGGACACCUUCAAGCAACCUUAAUACAUAUCCGCAGAGUCAGAAACAGCUACAAUCUGAGAAGCGUACGAAACGGCCGAUAUCCACAGAUCAGCACGAUGCGACUGGAAUGAAGGCCGUAUCAACUGAUAAGGAGCAAUCUCCCUCCGAGAAUUCAAGAUUGGCUACAAGUGCAAUAACGUCCCCUGUACCACCUCCACAUAAUGCGUCAAGAACGGCGGAAAGCCCAAUUCCCUGCAUUAAUGCCUUGCCACUGCGAUUGGGUCUAUCGAAGCGGGCCCGCGUCAAGCCGCUUCACAAGUAUUUGAACAAAUGA